CGAAUGAAGUGGGUGAAUUAUUUAUACCGGAGCCUCAGACACAACUUAUACGUUGUGGUGACAUUUUACCGGCCUUAUAUGAGAGGUUUGAUUCUUAUCCAUGCCUAUGUAGGAUGAUUUUUGGCUGUCAGGGUGUUUGUAAAGUCUAAAUGGAGGUUUGAAGAACGAAAUUAACACUUUAGACGCGCAGUAUCCUGUUCAAAUAGGGGAAAGACAUCAUGGAUGCUUUCAACACGAAGAGCCUGGCUCUGCAGGCCCAGAAGAAACUCAUGAGCAAGAUGGCGACCAAGACGGUGGCUAACCUCUUCAUAGACGACACCAGCACCGAGGUACUAGACGAGCUGUAUCGAGUGACCAAAGAGUACACGCACAACCGCAAGGAAGCCCAAAAGAUCAUCAAGAACCUCAUUAAGAUGGUGGUCAAGUUGGGCGUCCUCUACCGAAACGGCCAGUUCAACAACGAGGAGCUGGCGCUGGUGGAACGCUUCCGAAAGAAAGUGCACACUCUCGCCAUGACGGCCGUUAGCUUCUACCAGAUCGAGUUCACUUUUGAUCGUCACGUCAUGAGCGAUCUACUCAAUGAUUGCCGUGAACUGCUACACCAGGCUAUCAACCGCCACCUAACGGCGAAAUCUCACAGUCGUAUCAACCACGUCUUCAAUCACUUUUCUGACUGUGACUUUCUCGCGGCGCUCUAUGCACCUUCGGGAGUUUACCGCACGCACUUGCAGAAAAUUUGUGAAGGAGUCAACAAGAUGCUGGAUGAUGGCAAUCUUUGACCACUUCCUGUUGUUGUUUUUAACAAUGUGAUAAUUUUAUUCAAACAUUUUUGUGUGUGUUUUGUGCCUCGGUUAAAAGAGCAAAGAGCUACUCUUGAAAUACUUUUGGUGCCUUCUUGACAAGAUUGGACGUUGAAUGAAUGUAGAAGCUCUGGAAUGCAUGUUUGUCCUUCCAAUGGAACAUCGUUCUGUUCGACCAUUUUGGCUCCUAUAUUUUUCCGAAUCAAUUGCCGGUUUGGAGUCUGUUUACAAUGUUAACUCAAACGAUCCAAUGCAAAUCUUGUCCGAGGGUCAUUUGAGAAUGCAGACUGAUCGGGCGAAGUGAGGGAAGGGUUUCAGUUGACGACCUUUAACCGAAGAAAUUGAUUUCAAGCACUGCGAAAACUAAAUGCACUGGGGAACGUUUAUGAAGCAUUUCACCUCUAAUUUUAGUAAAUGAGUCUGGCUGCAUUGCUUUUAUCCCUUCCUGUAAAUGGACACAUUUGAAUCUGAAACCCGGAGGCUUCUUGGCAACAUGUCUGUUGUGAUUCAUCUUCAGACAGGAAGUUGAGCAUGUGCUCUUUGCUAAUGAUCACCCCUUUGGGAUUUAUAAACCUAGUCAAAUAGUGGUUUACAUUCGCCCUAUUUUCGUCUGUCCACUCCGUACUGCCCUACUGAUUGGACGUCUUUACCAUGACGCAGUUCCUAUCCGAGGAACAAAGAUGAUGUGCGUUAGAACGUUUUACUGUACUACCUUUUCAGCAUUCGUUUAUUAGCUGUUGAAGGUUUUAAAUAUGAAUGCAUACAUGACUGAGCCAUUAUUUCCUUUGAUGUAUCACCUCUGAAUGUUUAGACAAAUUAAGAACCCAUUGAAUGACAUCAUAAUCUUAAAGUCCAGUUUUUGCAGUCAACGUGUUGUAGCUUUGUAGCUGCAGCAAUUUCAACGGAUUAAAGGAAUAUUCUGGGUAAAAUAGCAGUUAAGCUACUUUGAUUAGCAUUUGUGGGCUGUCAAUUACAACAGAAAAUUACAAAGUCUAGACUAACAUUGUAAGUGCAUCGUUGCAUGCACAAUUUUUGUAUUGUUUUAAUAAGUAAAGUCACGUUUUCUUUUGGUGGGAGCUGACUGACAGCCGAAUGUACUGUAUAUUUAACCUGGAAUAUUCAUUUAAUGCCCAUUUUAGUGGCUAAUACUGAAAGAAUCACAUCUUCAGACCACUGAUCUGUGUUUUUUCAAUCUUGGUCAAUCUGCGCUACUUAAAUGACUUUUUUGUUGCUUUGUUGUGUAGACGGCCUAUAUAAGGUAAUUAUUUAACCGUGCAAGAGCUCUUUAUUUGUAUUUUCUGUAUGUAUGCACUUAUUAUUGUCUUGUUCUUUUCAUGUCAAUGACUGAGAGCAGUUUUAAAUUUGUCUCGAUUUCUUGUGACUAGAUGUUGAAGUCAGGCUGAAGCUUAUAAAUAAAGGAUCAAAUAUUCCAAAUACUGAAGGAAAGAAGUGAAACUUCCGAGCAACUUCUCGAACGCUGACAGCGGUGAAACCCAUACCUCCUGAUUAUCUUAAAACCUCUCAGGGUUCAGUCUCGCAGGCUUUUACACUGUGUUUUAGGCCAAUUUAAACCGAUUAAAGACCAAUGGAAACUUGAUCUGAGCAUUAAAGGACUGUCUUUCAAAUGACAUGUUUUUACAGUGGAAUUUGGAAGGUUUUUUUUUGUUAAUCAUGAACAAAUUCUGUCAUUGUCAUAAUGUUUGCUUUCUUUUUUCCUCCCUUAAAAAUUAUGUAUAUAAAAACAGUGUGUUUGUGUAUGUAUAUAAAUGAAUGUGUCGUUCUUAAGGGACAUUAUUUCUUUUACUUUGUGAACUGGUGUAAACUCGAGUAUUAGUGUGUCUGCCGUGGAUUACCGUAUGCUAAUCUCUCAGGCAUGCCAGGGGAUUGUUUGCAACACUAUUGUUUU